AUCGCCUGCCUACAACUCAGUUUCGCAUAUCCCUGUCAAAACAUGUGCUGUAAUUCUACUGCACGGUAGUUGUACAUUAGCUAGCUGUAGUUUUGGUGCACCCUGCUGGAAAUAGCAGGGCAAACCAAGCAGCAGCAGCAUAUCACUUUUCUAACAUGACCGCGUGAGGGUGCGUUGAAAUUACUGUUUCGUGAGAACCAUAGGUAAUCUCGUUUCUUCCAUUAUCCAGGCCCCAAAACAAGUGCAACUCAGCCAACAUUCACCACUGUUGCGGCAUCCACCCGUGUGUUCUCUGCAAACACCUCCUCAAAUGCCAGCAAGUCCAGUGCUGCAAGAGAACGCCAUCCCAUCAUCACCACGCAUGUUUGUGGUGGUCCCACGUAAAUUGGAGUAUCGUUCACCUACAAGCAUGACAAAAACAAAACCAGUUGUGGUGCACCGAUCAACAUAUACACAGACAGACGUAGCUGCGAAAGCACUGCAGGAACGGGGUUGUCAGACAGAGCCAUGGGAACUGCCAGUUGAAAGAAACGCCACUGUCAACACGAGCUGCACAACAGCCCCGACUCCCGCAAACUCAAACACAGGAAGCCAGCCUGCUGAAACUGAUGAUGACGAUGAUGAUGAAGAUGACGACGACUACAGUCCGUCACAGGAAGAGAGUAGUAGUGGUGAGGAAGAUGUUCCCCCGCCACUUACGCUUCAGAAUGAAAGAAAGUUUUUGGUGUUUGAGACGUGCCUCCUGGAGUUAUUCCAAAACUGCCGGAAAUGCUUAUCCCGUUGCUCUGCCGAGGUAACAGCUACAGGCACAAUGAUAAGUGUGAAAACCCGGUGCCACGAUGGACAUGAGCUGACAUGGGAGAGUCAACCUGUGGUCAAUGGAAGGCCAGCCGGAAACCUUCUGCUGUCAGGUUCCAUAUUCUUCUCUGGAGCAAAUGCAGCACCAACUCUGCGAAUGCUGAAGCACAUAAACGUGCAAACGUUCAGCCUCACAACAUUUUACAGAUACCAAAGCUGCUUUCUUGUUCCAGCCGUAGAGAAGGUCUGGUCAUUGGAGCAGAGGCAACUUCUAGACCAGCUGGAUGACCAGGCAGUAGAUGUAUCGGCAGAUGGGAGGUGUGACUCUCCUGGGUUCUGUGCAAAAUAUAUGACAUAUAGUAUCCAUGUGGAUCAACUGAACAAAAUAAUUCAUUCCGUCCAAGUUCAACUGGCAGAGAACGAGAGGGUGACAGCAAGUGUCAACAUGGAAAAAGAGGCGCUCAUCAGGAGUAUUCAGUUUCUAAAGGAGCGAGGCAUAAAGCUGAACUCCAUAACAACAGACCGUCACCCUGCCAUAAGAAAGUACCUUGAGAAGGAAGAACCAGCGAUAAGGCACUUUUUCGACAUUUGGCAUAUCUCAAAAAGUGUGAAAAAAAAGCUGACCGCGAUCAGCAAAAGCGCCAACUGCCACAGCCUAGAGAGGUGGAUCCAGGCAACGUCUAACCACCUGUACUGGUGUGCAAAAGCCAGUGGAGGAGAUGCUCGGCUGACAACAGAUGCAUGGCUAAGCAUCCAGAAUCAUGUUGUGGAUAUUCACAGUCACCAUAAUGGAUCCUACCCACGCUGCCUUCAUGGUCCAAUCACAGAUGGAGACUGGCUUGACCCCGAUUCUUUGGCUUACAAAAAAUUCAAAGAAGUGACUGGGAACCCACGCCUUCUCAAAGAUGUUGCCCAGAUGUCUGCCAACACUCAAACUUAUGCCCUUGAAAGCUUCCACAGCCUCCUGAUCAGGUUCGCGCCAAAAUCUGUGGCGUUUUCUCCCGAGGGCAUGCUUUGCAGGACUAGACUGGCUGCUCUGCAUUAUAAUGAAAAUGCCCAACGCAGCCAAGCGGAGACACUACGUGGGGACCUACGUUGGAAAAUCAAGAACUCCAAAGCGAAGCAGGGACACCAAGUGGCUUGUCCUGUCAAGACUGCCCCUACAUUUGCCUACAUUGCAAAGCUGCUUGCUGAAGCAGAAGUGCAGUGCAGGUCGCAUGCGUCAUUUCAGGAGGCAAGCAAGCAAAAGCAGACACGGAGCUUCCCAGCGCCGAUGAGCCACUCGAGGCAACAACUGCCUAAAGAAGUCAUUGUGGCUGCCAGGGUGUCAAGACUAGGCACCUGAUAGAGGCACCUGGUCAUGAUCACAUUGCAUAUCUGCUGCUUUCAAGCUUGUUGUCUGUUUGAGGCUCAGAUUUGUGGGUGAGUUAUGCUUAUGUAAAGUAAUUGUGGUAAUCACUUUUCUGUAAUUAGGGCUAUCUUGCUUUCUGU